GUACAACAAAUGUGACAGUGCAUUUGGGGCGUGCGGUCUCCCGGAGUAACAGCUCGCAGAGAAACUCUGCAGAAUGCUGGGUGUCGCCUCGAUCCUUGUGGCUUUACUGUGCAUCUACAUCGUGAGCAACCUGCUGCAGGCGCAGCCCGAGCCCGUCAACGGCAGGUACUCGGUGCCAGGGCGCUUUUACACGCUGAAAAAGUUGCUGGUCAUCUGUGUUUACCGUUACCGCCUGUUCAGGCAGGGGAAGGGCACAGGCACCGAGAAUGAUGCGAACAGGCUGAAGAUGGGACUGGGGCGCAGGAAAGAGGAGCUUCAGUCCCAACCCAGUGAACGGAAAGGUGGAGGGGGUCUGGGGAUAAGCUACAGAUCUUAUGUGGAAGAAAUGGAAUGCGUGCAGGAGUUAGUGGACGACUGUCAUGCUAUUGACUCAGUUUAUUUUAUGGGAUUCACAGAAGUGGAUAAGACCUACUUUAUUGUUCGUAUUUGCCGGAAACCCAAUGACUUAUGUGAAAUAUGGGUGUUGCUUCGAGUUGAUGGAAUUGGAUAUUUUGAGCAUCCAAUCCAUCCUGAUACCAUCAGUUCUGUGGACAGUAAGAACUCAUGGAGUGGAGGUGGUCUGAAGAUGGAGUGUCUCGAGCCACAUCGGCGAUGGCGAAUCACCUUUAGCGGACUUCUCAGAAGGGGUCCAUACAAAGAUAAGUGGACUGAUGAGGAAGAGGAGCUUCUGCACGUCAAGUUUACUUUUAUCUGGACAGCCUUUUCCACAGUGUUUAACUUUGACACAGAUCUUCAUGCCAGUGCAAUUGCUCAAGGCAUUGCUCAAGAGAAAUGGAGUAAAGCUUUCUUUGAUAAGCUGACAAAGUACAAUCAGCAGCAGACACAUUAUGAGCAGUGGGGUCAAUAUGUUGGAGAAAUUGAGAUUGAGGGACAUGAGAGAAAUGAGCUGCUUCUUCGUGGAUUAAGAGAUCAUUCUUAUGGUAUCAGAAAUUGGGCUCAUAUGCAUCGCUAUGUUUUGCUCUUGGCACACUUUGAGAAUGGAUUAUCGGUAAAUUUAAUAAUUCUCUCCAUUUCUGCAACCACCACAAAUAUGAAUAUAGGUUAUGUGAUGUUUCCAAAUGGGAAGAAGGUUGGGAUUGACUGGUCUGAUGCCUCUUUAGCUGACAUUGCUGAUGAUGGGAUCAUUGCUGACCUGUACAGAGUCAGCUUUACAGCAGAAGGCCAGUUAUUUCACCUGCAAAUAUCAAUUGAUAAGGAUGCCUCCCCUGUGAUGUAUGGGGGACUAACUUGGGAAAGUAGAAUCCAUGAGUGCAUGGCAUAUUACCGUCUGAAUUUAACAGUUCGUGGCUGGGGCAUAAUGGAAUUUCAUUACAGAAAUGAGAGUGGUCGGCAGGCUCCAGACUUUAUACCAUUUAGAAGAUUACAGGAACCUGUAGUACCAACAUGCUCCAAGCUGGUGUUGGCACUCUCUGAUAAGACAUGCCAAUGUGCUGCAGUGGUGGGCAGUAAAGGAGCCCAGUUGGCACAGCUAAUGCAAAUGCAGAACUGCUAUAGGAACCAGUUUUUUGUGCCUAUAGGACUCUGUGUCACAAUUGCAGCCCUGGAACAUCACAUGAAAAAGAACAACUGCCUUCAGCAAGCAGUAGCAGAGCUGAACUACGCAGUCUGCAAUGGAAAUAAGAAUGGAAACCUUCCUGAACUGUGUGAAAGAUGUGUUGAAUUGUUCAAGAGAACUGAACUGUCUCCAGAGAUAGAAUGUGCCAUUCGUGAACAGCUGACGGAGCUGAGGUUGCUUGAAGCAGAGGAGCGGUUGGCCAUCAGGUCCAGUGCAAUUGGGGAGGACACAGAGGGCACAUCUGCUGCUGGGCAACUCAGCACUGAACUGGGAGUUAAAGGCUUUGAAGAGGUUUGUGAUGCUGUUCAGAAAUGCUGGGCCUCCCUUUAUUCCUUCCAAGCUGUUCAGUAUCGCCAUCAAAGGGGGCAACCAGUGGCAUCGGGCAUGGGGGUGGUGAUCCAACAGAUGGUGCCAGCCCAGGCAGCAGGUGUGUUGUUUACAUGCAAUCCUGUCACAGGGCACUCGGGCAGGAUGAUUAUCAAUGCAAAUUAUGGACUCGGAGAGUCUGUGGUGAGUGGUCAUUCAGAGCCUGACACCAUCACCCUCUCGCACAAUCUGAAAGGGAAAUGUCAGAUUAUUAAGAAGGAAAUUGGAGUAAAGAAGCAACAGUGCCUCGAAAAUGAUGAAGGUGGAAUUAAAUAUGAAGAUACUUUAAUUUCUGAUGCUGCAAAGUGCUGUAUCUCUGACGAUGUCAUUCUGAGAUUAGGACAAGUUGCUUUUCAGGUCGGAAAAACAUAUGGAGAUCCAAGAGACAUUGAGUGGGCAAUCAAAGGAACAAAGAUUUAUUUGCUGCAGGCCAGACCAAUAACUACAUUCAACACUGAAUCUGAGUUUGAGCUGAUGCAUGAGUUUGAUUCUGCCUUGUCCACAGACUACGAAUGGAUGACAACCUCAAACGUUGGUGAAAUGAUGCCUGGAGCUGUGACACCUCUAACAUCAAGCAUCUUUGUGAGAGCCAUUGAAUAUGCUUUACAGGAAUUGUCAAUGAAAGCUGGAGGAAACCCUUGCUUUUCACCCUAUACCCACAAAUACUUAGGCAUCUGCUGUUCGCAUUUGUUUCUGAAUCUGAUGAGCUUGAAUGCCAACAUGGAACAGAGUAACAUCAUUACCCAGAAGAAAAUGAAUGACUUUGAACUGCUUGGACGGUAUAUGCUCACUGCGGAGUCAAGGAUAAAAAAAUUAAUGGAGAAGAUGAAGACUUAUCAGAUUCAACCUGCAAACCAAGCACUGAAAUUUUACUUCAAUAUAGAUCGGCAAUUGCCAGAGUAUUUUGAGGCUUGGUGCAUAUCACUGUCAAAAUCUUGUAGCUCUGGAACGUGGAAUGCAGUUCUGGUAUCACUUUUGUCGAAUGGAAAAGCAAAAUGGACCCCUGAACUAAUGGCAGAUGUUGCAGUGUUGUAUAGCACAUGUACAGAUGUUGUAUCUGCUGAUAUUCCAGCAUCUGUAGAGGCGAUCGCUGAGGCAAUCCAAACUCAGGGCAAGCGUUCUGAAUUUCUAAAACUGGAUGCAGAGACUGCAGUAUCUUGGCUUCUGUCCCAGGAAAGUGGAGAUGCUGGUUGGAAAUUCCAAAACUUCUUAAAGAAACAUGGCUUUCGCUGCCUCAGAGAGGCUGAAUUCCAUGAAAAGUCAUGGAUGAGUCAUCCAGUAAAGCUACUCCCAGCAAUCCAGAGAGCUUUGCAGAGUGGAAAAGUGAUUGUUGAUAAAGUCGUACUGUCUCCGGAGGAAGCUAUUGCUUCCAUAAGUUCAUCAAUCUCAUGGAUCAGAAAGUAUAUCGUGCGCUUGAUCUUACCUGAGGCAAGAAAAGCUAUUUCUGACAGAGAAUUGUUUAAAGCAGAGGCAAUAAGAAUGAAUGAUGUUUUUAAGACUGCUUAUUGGAAACUAGCUAAACUGAUGGUUCUGGAGGGUUACUUACCAGAUGAGGACUUGCUCUUCUUCCUAACUCAUUCAGAAAUUGGACAAGUUCUUCAGCUGAAAUCAGCAAACAUCAUCUCAAAAGCCCAGCGACGGAGAAGGUUACUGGAAAGGCAAAUGGGUCUGCAAUUUAAAGAAAUGAACAUUGGUAAACCUGUGCCAAUUGACCAAUAUCAGGGUGAGGAAACUGGAAGAAAAAUAACUCUGAGAGGUAUGACAGUAAGCCAGGGGACUGUGAAGGGAACAGCACGUGUUGUGAAAGCCAUUCUGGAUGCUGAGUGCAUCCAGCAGGGGGAUAUUUUAAUUGUGACAAGUACAGACAUUGGAUGGAGCCCAUACUUCCCUCUACUAAGAGGACUGGUCACUGAGAUCGGAGGAUUGCUUUCACAUGGUGCCGUAGUUGCACGUGAACAUGGGUUACCUUGUAUUGUGAGUUGCAAAAAUGCGACAAACCUAUUCAAAUCAGGUGAUUCAGUGAUUCUCAAUGGGAGACACGGAUUUGUGCAAAAAGUUGAAGAAAACUGAAAAUUUGAAUGUAUUGAUAAGACAAAGUCACCUUUGUUUUCAAGUUUCUAAGACUGCAGUUUUAAGUUAAAUAUAACUAAUCACACAGUGAAGUGCUAAAUAUAUAUAUCUAUUUUUAUACAUAGAUAUAGGACAAACAGGAAGAAAGUUAGCCACAAGGAUACACGAACACGAGCUAGCCACAAAAAGACACACCCUC